GCAGUCAUUGGAGACGUAGAGUGGGAAAGGAGGCGGGCUGUUCUACUCGCGCAGCAAAACUUCCUGCUCGGCCCGUUGGUACCGCGUAGUGGCCCAGAAACUUACCCAUAGCAGGCAAGCUUCCUGGAACGUUGUUGCUGAUGUCCUCGGGAGACUGAUGGCUACCACUACGAUGCGGCGAGCGGCUUGGUUCACCGGCGUGCGCGUAUGCGCGCGCUGGGCGAGCAACGACAGUGUCCACACAUCGACAAGUGGCCAGCGGCAGCGCACCUUCAAGAAAGUGGAGUCCAACUCGUUCCUGGCCAACCUGUUCAUGGGGGAGGCAAACUUGACACAGAUCUUCCCCUUCCCAGAUGUGCUGACAGCUGACCAAACAGAGACAUUGGGGAUGCUACUGGACCCACUCAACAGGUUUCUGACGGAGGUGAACAAUGCCGAUGCGAACGAUGCCAACGAACGCAUCGCGGACGAGACGAUGCAGGCGCUGAAGGCAAUGGGAGGCUUUGGCAUGCAAGUGCCUCCCGAGCUGGGAGGCAUUGGGGCCACCAACUGCCAGACAGCACGCCUGAGCGAGACCAUCGGCCAGUAUGACCUGGCACUGGGCAUCACGCUCGGUGCACACCAGGUGCGUUCCAACUCUCAGCAUUGGGCCUGA